AUGACGAGUACAGAACAACCAUCAACCAUCAGCAACAAUAUUUCAUCAAAUUCCUCUUCAUCACCUAGUAGUAAUAAUAACACAGAUGAUGCCUCUCUCGAAUUAUUAUUUAAAAAACUAGAUAUAAAUAAUGAUCACUUUAUUGAUAAGGAAGAAUUAGAAAAAGGGAUCAGAGAACUACAACUCCCUUCUGCCAAUGUAAAUGGAGCCUUUGAUCAGAUGGAUUUUAAUCAUGAUCAAAGAAUUACCUUCGAGGAAUUUUCAAAUUAUGUUAGAAAGAGGAGAUCGGAGCUUCGUGUCAUCUUUUCUGAUUUGGAUAAGAAUGGUGAUGGUUUCUUGGAUAUGGAUGAGGUUUCUAGGGGUGUUUCUCAAGUUUUUCAAAAAUCAACAGACACCAAUGCUAAUUAUCCUCUAGCUCCACAAGUUGUUAAACAAUUAAUGAAGAGAAUUGAUGCGAAUGGAGAUGGAGUAAUCUCAUUUGAAGAGUGGUGUAAUUUAUUGACACUUGUUCCAGAUGUAAAUAUUGCUUCAAUUGUAGAAUAUUGGAGAGAUGCCUCUUCUCUCAUUAGAGAUGACGUCGAUUUGAUAAUUAUGGACAAGUCAAUUAGAGAAAAUACUAAUAAUUUCUCCUAUCUCAAUAAUACUUCUAAAGCACUGAUAGCUGGUGCACUUUCAGGUGCUAUCAGUAAAACUGUUACAGCUCCAUUGGAAAGACUCAAGAUUUUAUAUCAAGUUCAAACAAGGAAACCACCUUCAAUCUUGGUUGGUUUCAAGGAAAUGUACAUGGAGAGUGGAAUUAAGGGUCUCUUUAGAGGUAAUGGUGUAAAUAUUCUCAAAUCUGCUCCAGAGAAGGCCAUUAAAUUUGCAGUUUUCGAGAGAGUUAAAAAGAUUCUCAGUGAUAUGAAUGGUGGACAUGGUUCAAAUUGGCAAACUUUCAUUGCUGGUUCAGCUUCAGGUGUGACUUGCCAUACGGCUCUCUAUCCUCUCGAAGUCGUAAAAACUAGACUAUCUGUUGCACCUGCUGAUGAAUAUAAAGGAAUUAUGGAUGCCAUCAAGACAAUUGCCCAACAUGAGGGAUAUGUCGUACCAUUCUUUAGAGGUUUAACUCCAUCCAUUUUGGGAACUAUUUGGUCUUCAGGAUUCUCCUUAAUGAGCUAUGAAUGGAUUCGUGCUACAGUCUUUGGGAAUAAUCCUUCAGUGACUGGUCUCAUGUUUUGUGGUAGUGCCUCCUCACUAUUGAGUCAAAUCAUUUUCUAUCCUCUCCAUGUAUUGAACACUCGUAUGAUUACUCAAGGAGCUCAUCAACUCAAAGUGACAACCAAAACAGUUCAACAGGAUUUGCAUGGACAAGUCAAGACAGCCAAGGUCUACAAUGGAAUGAUUGAUGCCUGUGUUAAAAUUGUCCAAAAGGAAGGUUACUCUGCCAUGUUCAAAGGUUUCAUUCCUUCUCUCAUUAAGGGAAUUCCAGCUCAUGCAGUAAGCUUUGCAGUCUACGAACAAACAAAGAGAACAUUAGGAUUUAAAGAAAUCAAAUCCAAACAUCAUUAAGCCAUUCAUUCACAUACCUUCAUCUCCAUCUCCAUAACCUUACCAUUAUUUUCUAGAAUCCAUGAGAAUCUCAAUAGUAUUCUCCUAAUUUCUCUCCGAUUAGUCCUUCCGCAAAGAAAGAAAAAAAUUCCAAAAACUUUUCGGAAGUUUAAAAAGUAACACAAAAAAAAUGUCUUUAAAUUACGAUCAAUUAAUUCAAACUCUGAUCGGCAAAUUAUCAGCCGGCCAGAAAUUUAUGAUUUAUGGUGCCUAUGGUUAUACAGGAGAACUUGUUGUAAAAUUAGUAAAGAAAUUUAAUUUAUUGAAUAGAGUUGUUUUGGCUGGACGAUCGGGAGAACAACUUAAAAGUAUGAUGAAGAGACAACAAAUUGAAGAAAAUAGUGUUGAAUAUCAAGUGUUUGGUUUGGAUGAUAGGGAUUUGGAUGAACAUAUUGGAAAGGUUGAUCUUGUCAUGUUGGUUGCUGGACCUUUUGCUCAUACUUCAAAGAGAGUUGUUGAUAGUUGUUUGAGAACUGGUGUUCAUUAUAUUGAUAUUACUGGAGAGUAUACUGUAUUCCAAAGUAUUCUCGAAAAUGAAGCUUGUAAAAUUGCUGCCAAACAAAAGAAUAUCAUUUUAAUGCCUGGAGUUGGUUUCGAUGUUGUUCCAACUGAUUGUUUGGCCAAAUCUCUUCAAGAAGCUUUUGAUAAAAAGUAUGGUGAGGGAGCUUCUCAUGAUUCUAAGGCUCAAAUUGAACUUGCAAUUAAUACUGGUAAAUCUGGCAUGUCUAGAGGUACAACUAAGAGUGCAGUCAAUAUGAUGAAGGAAGCUCCUUGGGGAUUCCCAGAAAGAGUUAAUCACAAGAUUGGUCCACAUCCACUUGUUGCUAAGGAUUUUGAGUUUUAUGAUGAAACAACCAAAAAUACCAAAUCUUUAACUUGCAUGUCAGUUCCAUGGGGUGAUAUUGCAACUGGUUAUGUCAGUACUCAAGUUCCAAAUAUUAGAGUUUAUUUCACAUCCUCAAAGAAUGCUCCAACUGUUGCCAGAAUUUACAAUAUUUGGUUUGUGACUAUUCUCUUCUUCCUCUUAUUCAAUUUGCCAUUUGUUGUACCACUCAUGUUCAAAGCUAUUGACAUAUUCAUGCCAAAGGGUCCAGAAGAAACUGAAAAAGAUAGAGUUCACAUCUCUGGUUGUUUAACUUGUGGUGAUAAGAAGGUUUCUGGAAGAGCUGUAACAAAAGCAGGUUAUUUAUUCACUGCCGAAUCAGCUCUUUUGAGUGCUUUGAAGAUUCUCACUGGACACGAUUUGAAGAUUGAAAGUGGUUGUCUCACUCCAUCCCUAUGUUUUGGAUCUGACUUUGUAAAACAAAUUGAUUCAUGUAAUGUUGAAAUUUUAUAAAUAAUUUCCAUAUUUUCG